CCAAGUCAUGGAUACCGAAGCUGUUGGAAAACACUCGCAUACCUACUCAUUCAUAGACCCUGAGAAAUUCAAAGGAACUCUGAAAGGCAAAGUUGCCCUGGUGAUAGGAGCUGGUCGAGGAAUUGGACGUGCAAUUACAAUCGCCCUGGCUCAAGCCGGCGCAUCCAUCGCCUGUGUCUCUCGCACUCAGACGGAGAUCGAUCAAGUUGUUGAAUUCAUCAUUAAAGUAUUCGGAUCUCAGGCAAUGGCCGUGGCAGCAGAUGUUGCCAUGCCAGAGGCCCCUAAAGUCAUCUUGAACAAGGUGCACGCCCUGCUCGGCGCGGUUGACAUGCUUGUCAACAACGCAGGUAUAUUUAGAUACAACACGCUUGAGCACGAAAAAGACUUCGAGACUUGGUGGUGGGUGGUGGGUGGUCGAAGUCAACCUUCGCGGUCCUGUGGCAAUGGUGCAUGCUGUCCUGCCAUCGAUGUUAUCGCGGAAUACGGGAACGAUCAUAUCUAUGGUUAGUAGGAGUGCGACAAUCACAUCUCCGUUCAGCACGGCAUAUAGUGCUUCAAAGGCAGCUCUUCUUCGCUUCCAUCAUAAUCUCGACAUGGAAGUCCGCAGUCGUGGUGUGUGCUCGUAUGUACUGCAACCAGGAAAUGUUCCGACUAGCUUAGCGCAUGGGGAAGGAGUAAUUGACAUGGCGACUGUUAUGAAAGUCCCUGAGAUGCUCCGAAGACUUGAAGCUAUGGGAUCUAUUCAGGUGACUUGGAACUCCGGGCUCAGUGACCGCUUGGUUGUCUGGUGUCAUAGCCAAGUCUCCAGGAAAAUGUUGUCU